CCAAGUGUUGAUGCCCGUGCCGCUUUUGUCACCCGUUCAGUGCCAGACCCCACGGACGACAUUCAGGACGACACUCACAAGCGUUUUAUGAAGCAGUACAUCAAGGACUGGCCGUACCCUCACUUGACUCAGUACAAGCCCGGUCAGAACGCCUCGGUGGAGUUCAACGGAGUCCAGCUGAGGUGCAAGGUGGAGAUGGUGGACUCCAGCUUGAUCAUGGUGGCUUCUGAGUGUAAUCAGCACAAAGAGUGGAUUCACCGUGGCUCCAUUCGGCUGUCGCAUAUGCCGAGGUUCUUGGAACUGAGGAGAAGAGAAGCUGAGGCAGGUGAACAGUAAUGUGGGCUCCAUUGACAAGUCCGUCAUUGGAACAAGACUUCAAAUUUCUCUGGAAAACGGUUUUUGUUUUGUUUUGGGGGGGGGGGCACAUAAUUGGAUUUCCCCGCCUGUGAAUUGUACACAUUUCUUGGGUGGAUUGCUAUGAUUCCAAUUUAAACAACCAUUAAAAAAACGCUUUUCAGUGAUUUAGUUUUUCCCUGA